AUGGCCACAUUCCCAUAUACCCUGAUCGCCUGUCCCUGCACCUCGUUCACCUCACCUUCCGACAUCACCUCAUCAUCAAUAGAAGACCCGGACGAUGAUACGACCUUCAAUCCUCAUCACAUUCGCGCAAACUUCUCGCUAUACCCCUAUGAGCAUUUACUGUACUGUGAUGAAUGUCACCAAAUCAGAUGUCCCAGGUGCUGGGCCGAGGAGAUUUUGAAUUGGUUCUGUCCAAGCUGUCUUUUCGAGGUUCCUAGUAGUGUAGUCAAAAGCGAUGGUAACAGAUGUACUCGCAAUUGUUACAACUGUCCCACUUGCACUUCUCCACUUUCUAUCAAUGGUCUAGACUCUUCAACAAAAGACCAUCUAGCUCCUCCAGACGCCAAUCAACCCACUGGUCCAUUCUUCUUAUCAUGUCCUUAUUGUGACUGGUCAUCAUUAGAUGUCGGCAUACAGUUUAAUAAGCCCACCAAAAUAACAGAUCAACUCGUCAGGAUGCGUUCUGGAAACCGGUCACCUUCACCGAGCAGGACAAGAUCUACGAGGACAAGUCUUGCGCCCACAGAUGAGCUAUCGUCAACAGAUCCUGGUUCCACUCCUCCCUCACAGCCGACGCAGGAUAGAUUUGCAACAUUGAGCCGCUUCUACAAGGAUCAAAUGGCUGACGCUUCUGGUGCCGGUCCGAAUGGUUUCUCAGACAACAGCAAUUUCAACUCGCCUAACAGUCUGGCGCGUAUCAUGAGUAUCUAUGGCGGUUUAUCGCAUACUGCCCUAAAGAAGGCCCGCGAGAGACCUCAACCAAUGCGCGAAGCUCUUAAUACAACCGAAGGUCUUGAAUUACUAUCUCAUUCAGCAGACGCUGAAGCUCAAGCGAUUGAAAAGCUCCGUGCCGAAGGCUACGAAGGAACCACGACCUUGUCACAGCGAGUCAGUCAUCCGUACAAUCACCAUGUACGCUUCAAUGACCAGCUUUGGCCUAUCGCUACACUUCUACGGACUCGUCGCAGCAAGCGUUGCCGUACUUGUCGUCAUAUUAUAGCUCGUCCAGAGCCCAAAAUGGGAAGUACGCGCUACAAGAUCCGUCUUCUGGCUCAGAAUAAUAUCCCUCGCCUGGCUCUGCGUCUUCUGUCACCUAGCGCUUCGUCAGCUCCUGCAUCCUCUUUCGCACUUACACCAGCAGCACUACAGGCUCAACACAAUACUGAAUACGAGAAGUUGAGGCCAGGAUUGCCUGUGCAAUUCCUACUCACAUUGACGAACCCCUUGUUCGAGCCUGUCCGCAUCACACUAGCCACACCCGCUACUACGCCUGGUAAUGUAGCAUCACGCGUCACAGUGCUCUGUCCUACUUUUGCUAUAGGUGCGGCGAGUGACAUGUGGGACCCGGAUGCCAUCUCUAGCGGAUCCGCAAAAGACCAGUCUGCUGAGGACAGACAGCCCGAGGCAGGCAAAGUGUGGGAGAAGGGCCGCAACUGGACAACGGUGGUUGUAGAAGUGGUGCCUGGAAGACUCGACAAGAAGACAGGAAACACAGAAAGCACAACAGGUGAUGAGAGCAAAGGUGCAGAUGAGGAUGUGCUCGAGAUUCCGGUGUUUGUACGAGUCGAGUGGGAAGCGGAAGUGACAGCCGAAGACGCCGCUGCAACGGGAGCAGCAAAGGGCACCAAGGAGAGCAGGGAGAUUGCUUUCUGGAGUGUUUUGGGUGCGGGCAAAAUAGCUGAACCUUAG